AAGGGGAAAGAGAGUGAAAAACAGGGGAAAAAAGAAAGGAAAAAGACCAAAACUAUUGAAAUAGAAAUUAAAAAAAGAAAAUAGGAGAGAGACUCUUGGGGCUAGGGGAAGCAGGCAUGUGGAUGAGUGGGGGACACACCAAACUCAUCAAUUAAAACCCUUCGAAAUAAUUGAGUUUGUGACAGAAAAGAAAGAAAAAGAAAGCAAACCAAAAACCCCAAUUUUUUUUCUCUCUCUCUCCCUCUCUCUUUCUCUCUCUGUCCAUUUUCACUUAUAUUUUUUAUACUAAUUGGUUCUGCUCAAGUACUGUGGGACUUGGGUGAGAGUCACAACUCACGAGCCAAGCAAAGGGGUAACAGGAAAAAAAAAAAAGCAGAAGCUAGCUCCAUUUCUCCUGUCAAGAAACAGAGGUCUCUGUUUUUCUUCUUUCUCUCUAAGUUUAGCGAGACGAUGCCUAGACCAGGCCCCAGACCUUAUGAAUGUGUUAGAAGAGCUUGGCACAGUGAUAGACACCAACCCAUCAGAGGUUCUCUCAUUCAAGAAAUUUUCAGAGUUGUCAAUGAAGUUCAUAGCUCUGCAACUAAGAAGAACAAGGAAUGGCAAGAGAAGCUUCCUGUUGUUGUUUUGAGAGCAGAAGAAAUUAUGUAUUCCAAAGCCAAUUCUGAAGCUGAAUAUAUGGACCUUAAAACUCUUUGGGAUCGGACAAAUGAUGCCAUUAAUACAAUUAUUCGGCGUGAUGAAAGUACUGAAACUGGAGAGCUUCUUCAACCUUGCAUUGAAGCUGCUCUUAAUUUGGGAUGCACUCCAAGAAGAGCCUCCAGGAGCCAACGAAACUGUAAUCCGAGGUGUUACCUUAGUCCUAGCACUCAACAGCCUAAUUCUUCCUCUCCUGGCAUAGUAAAUGACACCAUUCGAGCAAAUCAUACAGCCAGCCCGCAGUGCAUUCCUAAUUAUUCUAACUUCAUAAAAUCCACAAUCAUGAAUUCAACCCAAUUGGGUUCAGAAUUACAAAACCUUAUUUGCCAAAACAUCAGUAUCGCUUCUAACAAAUUUCUCUUUCGAACUGAUAACAGUCGUCUAUCUAACUACAACCAGUAUUUUCCCAUGGAGAAUCGUUCUGUGUCAAGCUUGUACUCAGUUUAUCCCUUGUACUAUGGAAAUUGUCUAGACCACCAGAAUGGUUUAGGAAUUCUUCCAAAAACUCUUCCUAGCAUCUUGGAGCCUGUCAAAGUGGGAAUUGAGCAAAACCUCUUGUCUUGUAAUGAGGAUGCGAUUGCUAAAAUAGAUCAAAAAGAUCCCAUAGACAAACCAAUUGAACAACUUGAAAUUGGUUGUGAUCUAUCAUUGCGGUUGGGCUCUCUUUCAGCUGCUUUGCCAAGCAUGCAAAACAGACAUCUCCAGGAUGUAGAAGAUGUUGGCUUUGGUCAUUCUAGAGAGGGGAUUAAGUCCAAUAAGAUGCCACAAAUGGAUAAGGAGCUUUCUCUCUUCAAUAGAGGCAAUAUGGAUUACUCAUCAGAUUCAUGUCCAAGCGAAUUGGGUAGACAUGAUAGUCUAGAUGUGAUGCUCAGAAAACGCAAGGCAGUUUUUGGUCACCCUGUGGAUGAUCAGGCUUAUCAUUGGCAGCCUAAGCUUCCAUGCAAUGACUUGACUGGCAGAAUGAGAAGUGUGGGUUCAUAGACUGACAGAUGCUACUUGACUGGCAGAACAAAAGUGCAGGUUCGUAGACUGACGGGUUCUUGCUUCUGUUUGUUUCUUCAAACUCGACAUGCCUUAAUGAUAUGCCUUGAGCAUUUUUGGUAAUUUAGCUGUACUUGGAAGUUUUCCUAGCUCUAGGUAAUGCUAAGCUGCUAGCUGAAAUAUUGUAAGAAUGUAAGAUGUAAAUAACCAAAUGUAAAUUAGAAAAAUCUUGAAGAAAGUAACAGAGGAGGCUUGUGCUUUUGCAAUGCGCAGAGGAAUAUUUUAUGCAACAACAAAACUGAUUUUGGAA